UAUCGUACAGACCUUUGGCGAUCCACUGGUUAGGACCUAUGUAAAUCGGUCGAUCGAAAAGGUGUUACGGGUAUUUCACCCGACAACCCUGUAAAAACAAAAUGAAUCGUGAAUGAACAUCUGGCGACCGUCAGCAAAUAAAUUUGAGAAACGUUUGCUCAUUCGUCGGUCUACAUUCUCAGCAAGCAGUCGAUGCGCGAGUUUCGAUGCGCGGCGCAUAUCUCGUGGUCGUGUGCUCUCUUGCGACCUGUGAAGCAAUUCUGUUGAAAAAUACGUGAUGCUAUAGUGCACGAUUUUCUACGCGUUCCUUGUUAAUGUUAAACGUAACAUAACUAAAUAACUCCUUUGGUACUUAUGUGAAAGUUCCGAUCAUUCGUGUUGUUGAGAACAGACACGUUCACAUGAACGGAAAUGAGAACAAGGCAAACGACCUAUCUGUGUUGAGAACGACCUCGAAAAACAUGCAUCAAAGAUCACCAAAUUGAUUGAGUGCAAUUUGCUGCAAUCGAGUGAAUGAAAAAUGAAUAAAUUAAAGUUCCUGAAGUUUUAGUUGGUGUCGCAGACAGCAAUAAUUUUUUAAAAAUUUUAUUCGUUAGUUCAACGUCAUCAAGCAGCAAUUCAAAUGUGGCUCAACUUCAACUGAUCUUUCCAUCUGCCAUAUUCGAUCCGAUCCAUAUCUCGUGUCCCACGUCAGGCGGACAAUCGUCAUAAAUGUAAAUAACUGUUAAUUCUGUGAUUCCGGUCUUCGCUCAACAGGCGUUUUGUUAGUAGAUUCUUUACAAGUGAUAAAAGUUUCAUAAACACCGGAGAAAACUUCUUACAAGAGCAAGAAUACAAAGCAGUUUCUAUAAUGAAUGGAAACGGACAUUACAACGGACAUCGGGUGAAUAGUGAGGAAAACCUGCACAGACCACCGUUGGUGACGCAUCCAGGAGAAGAAACAAAAAGUUACGAACCAAACUUCGACCACUUGAACUGUAUGGGACGCUUAUCGUAUCACAUGUCGAUGGCGAUAGGGAAGUUUUUCUAUCGACUAGGUUACUGGAUAGCCAAUAAUGCGUGGAAAACGAUCGCUUUGUGUUUUUUACUGGUGGCAUUAUGCAGCGUUGGCUUCAUCAGAUUUCAUAAAGAAAAAAGCCCAAUGAAGCUUUGGAUACCACAGGGGUCAAAAUUCCAGUACGAUACAAACUGGUUGAUAGAACACUUUCAGGAAGGCAAUCGGAUAGAAACGGUUAUGAUCACCGCACCGGAUGUACUAGUACCGGAGGUUUUACAGGCGCUGGCAAGCAUUACGGAGGAAGUGGAAGGUUUCACGUUUCACAACAACGAAGGUCAACGUUUGGGAUGGAACGAUGUGUGCCAGAAAGUUCCUUUUAUAGCAGAAUACACAACAGAUAUGUCACGCAUAAAACGAUCUGCCCAAGAUUUGGAACAUCCAUCGGAAGCAACACGUCGUCCGAAAAAGAGCAAACCAUUCUUUACACCGGUUAUCGACAUUCCCUCGUUUUUGUUCUGUCCAAUGUUGGAGCGGCUCGAAAUGGGCUGUUAUGGGAGCAGCUUAUUGGAACUGUGGAAGUACAAUCGUACCAUCUUGACGGGGCUCUCGAAAGAAGACAUCGUUGAUAAGUUGAACAGCACCACGGUCAGUCCGAUGACAGGACACACCGUGCAGUUUCCGGAGCUGCUUGGCGAUAUCAAGCGAGACUGGAGUGGGCGCAUAAUAUCAGCUGGAUCGUUGGUGACGCAUUGGUUUGUGCAUGUCAACUUCUCUGAGGUAGAUUCGGACGUCAGUGGUAACGCUGCUGGUACGGAAGACUGGGUUACAGAGAACGCCAGUUUGUGGGAGAAAAAGUUCCUAGAGAUUGUCGCCAAGGCAAAGCGGAAACUGUCGAACGAUGAGAUUAAUAUUUAUUAUGCGGCUGGAAGGAGCUAUGGAGACAUUAGCGAACAAUCGAUGUUUAAAGACAUGGACAAACUAAUCUAUGGUGGUAUCGUUAUGUUUGUUUACAUGCAGUUGGUGUUAUCUAAAUUCAGUUGGACCGAAUUUAGGGUUAUUCUUGGAUCAGUUGGACUGCUAAGUGUUGGGAUGGGAUUCAUUUCUGGAUGCGGUAUCGUAGCAGCGCUUAGAGUGUCUUAUGGUCCUGUACAUACUUCGCUACCAUUUCUACUGAUGGGCCUCGGCGUAGACGACAUGUUCGUUAUGAUGGCCUGUUAUCGCAAAGUGCGCAAAGAUAACCCCGACCUACAACUGGCCGAUCGAAUGGGCUUAAUGCUGCAACAUGCUGGCGCAUCCAUCACGGUCACCUCACUCACAGACAUCGUUGCGUUCAUAGUGGGUUCAAUUACAGUUAUUCCUUCUCUGCAAUCAUUUUGCAUCUAUGCGGCUGCUGGCGUGUUUAUGAUGUUCGUUUUUGUAAUCACCUUCUUCGUUGCCAUAUUCACACUAGAUGAAAUACGCAUUGCUAACCGGCGAAACUCGUUCCUGUUGUGGAUAGUGCAUGAUGAAAAGUCAACUUCGCUCUGGUGUGAGCACAAUCUAAUGCAUCGCUUUAUCAACAUGCUCUACUCGAAGUUUCUUCUAACGAAGAUUGGCAAAACGUUGGUUAUACUCGCGGUAGUGCUGAUGACCAGCGUCAAUGUGCAUAAUCUUUUGAAACUGCGCCAGAAAUUUGACCCCAAUUGGUUCAUUCCGCAGGAAACAUACUACAACCAGUUCGUAGUCAAGACACACGAACACUAUCCUAACGCAGGCUACGAAGCGUUGUUAUUGUUCGGUAAUCUCAACUAUACAGCAGAAUUGCCAAACCUGAUAAGAAUUACGCAUCAACUGGAAAAUCGGACUGAUAUACUACAUAACUUCAGUUCGUGGGUGACCUCCUUUCAGGACUUUGUGUAUAUGCACUACGACAAGGACAUCGCAGCAGAUCCGCUAUCCGACGAUGAUUUUCGCAAGUACUUGACAAAGUUUCUCUUCAGUUACGAAGGGGGCCGCUUCCAAAUGAAUAUAAAGUUUGCCACCAAGCUCAAAUGCGGCCAACCCGCACCAAAUAUAACGGUCACAACGAUGGAUUUCAAGUUUAAACCGUUUAAGGAGAGAGAGGAAUACUUACCGGCCAAGUAUGCCGUAGAAGAAGUUCUAGAGAGAAGCAAUAUAAGCACGGGUGAUCAUUACCGAACACUGUGGGCAAAGAUAUUCGGUAAUUGGGUAACGGACGAGAUUAUCGAUACGGAAAUCUAUCGCAACAUAUCGCUAGCAUUGAUUGGAGUGAUGUUCUGCUCGGUGGUGCUAAUAGUGAACCUUCAAAUCUGUUUCUGGAUAUUCAUUUGUGUGCUGCUCACAUUGGUCAACGUAGGAGGCCUGAUGCAGGUAUGGGGGCUUACAUUGGAUUUAGUAUCGUGUAUAGCACUGCAACUUGCGGUGGGAUUAUGUGUGGAUUAUGCGGCACAUAUUGGUCACACGUUCUUGACCAUCAACAAAGGCGAUAGGAAUCGCCGAAGUUUUGAAACAGUAUUGCACAUUGGAGCAGCCGUUUUCUACGGAGGAGGUUCGACGAUUCUGUCGCUGUCGAUACUUUCUGGUUCGCAGGCAUAUACUUAUAGGACAUUUUUCAAAAUCUUCCUUCUCGUGAUUGCAUACGGAUUGUUCCAUGGUACAAUUCUGUUACCAGUUGUACUUAGUUUAAUUGGACCGGCACCAUACAGUGGGUCCCUGAACAGCCUCAAUACGAUCAAUAAUAAUCCCAGUCCAACAAAGAAAACAUGUUGCGAAGGCACAGAGAUGAUUUCAGGCAAUGAAAAAUAUACACCAACCGGCGUAGACCUCUAGAGUAUUCACAUGAAGUGCAAAAUGGCUUCAUUAAUCGGUCAAUCAGGUGUUCUUAAAAAGAUUUGCAGAGUUCCAUCUCACGAACAAUAUUGCCUAUAUAUUGCUAUAGCGAUACCAAUUGUGAUUGAUCAUGUUCUCUUCCAAGUGCAUGAUUGUAAGAAGUAGUUUUACUGAAAUGUACAUAUAAAUGAUAAGCAAUAAAAGUAUUAAGAUUGUACGGUAUGGGUUGACACAUAGGUUUAAGUAUCGAAGCAAUAAAAAUACAUAGUUAUCAAGACUAUAAUUUGAAAAAAUCGUC